AUGGCACUUAACGAGCAAUAUCUGAUAUUUGAUUUGAACAUAUCACAUACUCGAAAAAUAUCGGUAAUGGGGUUGAUAGAACAAUUAAUAAUGAUGAAUGUUAUGAUUGAAGAAAAGGCAGAUAUUUUUAAAAAAGCAUUUCAAAAAUAUUUUAUUAGUACUUUUGACUUUGAUGGAAAAAUCAAUCCUUUAGAGUUAGAAGUGUUUACCAAUCAUACAAAAGAAAUUUGGUAUGAUGAAGAUAAAAAAUCACAUAAAUGUGAAGAACUUGUUAAUCUAAUUAUGAAAUUACACAAAUCUAUAAAAGAUAAUAUAUUUGUAUUAGGUGAUGAAAUAUUAUUAAAACGCUCUAGUAUAAUUGAUAUUUAUUGUAAUUAUUUAUCAAAGAAUCCUGUAGAUAUAAAUCUUGAAUUGAUAAAAACUGAAGUUAAGGCAAUUUGUGAAAAACUUCAGAUGAAUUACACUCAAAAUAUAUACAUGGACCUCGAUUCGAUAUUGGAAGUGAAUGGAGAUAACCUUAAUGUUUCAAAAGAUAUAGUAACAUGGAAUCAUUUAGAAGAUGUUGUUAUUCAUAACCAACCUAUUGAUUAUGAAAAGAAAAAUAAAAAAGCCUAUGAUUAUUUAACAAACAGAGGGGUGAAUAAAUAUACCAAUAUUGAUUUUCUUAAAGAGAUCCAAAAAUAUUUUUCAUAUUUAUUAAAAAAUAAAAUUGAAAAUAAAAAUAAUGACGA